AUGGCAGCUGCCAACGAGGACCUGAAGAAGAAAUACGACGCCGAGCGAGACAAGCGCCUCCGCCGCGAUAACCUCGCUCAGUUCAUCGACUUCUGGUCUCCCGAGCUGCAAGAUCUGGACAAGAACCCGUUCAUCGACUACGAUGCCAUCGCGGCCCAGGGGCUGCCCCCUCAGGCCCAGGACGGCAUCGAGCUGACGCUGCUCGUCAUCGGGGCCGCCCACACUGGAAUCCAUGCUGCUGCUCGCGCCAUCGAGGCUGGCAUUCCAAAGGAGAAGGUCCUCUGCGUCGACAACGACGGCGGGUUUGGCGGGACCUGCAUAGAUAAGAUCCGCGGUCAGGACGAGCGUGCUGCUGCCCACUAUGGAGUGACCGGCUUGUUCUCGACCGUCAUCAAGAAACAGGUCUGGGACGAGACCUCGGCGAGAUGGGUCGUGAGCAUGACCCAGGAGCGCGGGCCCGGCCGCGAAGCGCAGGACAUCACCCUGCGCGCCCAGUUCGUCAUCCACGCCGCGGGUCCCUUCUCGACGCCUCACAUCCCCAAGCUCCCGGGCCUCGACAAAUUCCGCCAGAGCAAGCCCAUCGUGCACUCGGCCCGUUGGGACUGGGGGCUCGUCGGGGGCUCGCAGGAGCAGCCUGACAUGGUCAAGUUGCGCGACAAGCGGGUCGCCGUCAUUGGAACCGGCGCGACGGCUGUGCAGAUCAUCCCCGAGGUGGCCAAGUGGGCUAAGCAUUUAUACGUGGUUCAACGCACGCCGUCGUAUAUAGGGCCCCGUGGCCAGACGGAGACAACCGACGACACGUGGUCCAAGGUGGCCACGGGCAAGGGAUGGCAGAGAGACCGCAUGGACCACUUCGACUCGUUUGUGUCCAACGUCCCGGACCCUAUCGAUCAUAUCAAGGACGGUUGGACUGAGACGCGAACUUUCUCCGGAAUCUCCGGAGGAGGCGGAAAGAUAAUCAAGCCGCAGGAUGUAGAAAAACACCACGCAGCCAUCAAGGUCCGCGACAAAUCCGUCGCCGAGAAGCUUAAGCCCUGGUACGGUGGCUGGUGCAAGCGGCCAGCAUUCCACGACGAAUACCUCGACAUCUUCAACCGCGAGAACGUCACGCUAGUUGACACCGACGGCAAGGGCAUCGAAAGCUACUCUGAGAAAGGUCUCGUGGCCAACGGCAAGGAGUACGAGGUCGACCUCAUCGUGUUCGCCACGGGCUUCACGAUCGCAGGACACAAAGGCGGCUGCCCGUCGCAGCAGACACGGGUCCCAAUCAUCGGGCGUGAUGGGCGCAACUUGGAGGAUAAGUGGAUGGGGCCCGACUUUGGCACUCUUUUCGGUUCGGCGACCAACGGCUUUCCGAACUACUUCUUUCCCGGCCCAAUCAAUGCCGGCGCCACUCCUAACAUCACUUCUACGGCCGACCUGACCGCGAGAGUCGUCGCGCACAUUAUCACCAAGGCACGCGAGGAAGCCCUCGUUGCGGACCGGGUUGUGGUGGAGGCAAACCUCUCCGCCGAGGCCAUGUGGACCGACGAGGUCAAACGCAGGGCGCUCUAUUUCAGCGUCAUGCCGACCUGCACCCCGUCAUAUUUCAAUGCAGAGCGCAAGGAUGCGUUCGAAGAAAAGUCUCCCGAGCAGAUUGAGGCCCAGAUGAAGCGCAUGCCAUGGGGGACUGGUCCCCUCGACUACAAGGCUCGGGUGCUUUCCUGGAUGCAAUUCGGCUCACUAGAUGGAUUCAGUGUCCGCAAUUAG